AUGGUAUCUAUACAGAAGAGAAAAUUGACUUUGGUUAAGUGUUAUAGGCUCAACUCCACCAAAGUCCACCUUCAUCAACAAAGGAUUCAUAAAUAUCCUUUGCGAGUUACAAGGGGAACUAGAGGCGGUGCAAGGCGAAAGGCUAAGGAAGUUGUAGAUGAGGUUUUUGUUGUCAAACCAACAAAGCGACAAAAAUUGAAAAUGAAAGUGAAGCCAUCUAUUGUGGAUGAAGAAAUGGAGGAUGAUGUGGAUGAGAAAACUAACAGUGAUGUUCUGGUGGAGCCUGAUGUUAAAAAUGAAGAAGACAUUGUGAGGUCUUCAGAACAUAUUCCUAAGUCUACAAAGCGACAAAUUAAUGUUUUGAUUCCAACUCCAAUUAUGAAUCUUAAUGCUUCUCAAGGUCCUCAUGUAUCUACAAUUCCAAAUCCCACUACUACUCAAAUUCCAACUACAACAUAA